CUUUUCUCUUCAUCUUUCCGUUCCUUCAUUUUAAUCCUUUUUUUUACCCAUCCCAUUCCUUUUAUUUUAUAUAAACUAGUAUGGCCAACUCACGCUUUACUAUGAGUCGCGAUCGUUUGGCUGAAUUACGUGGUUCCAAUACAAAUGAAAAGAAAUACGAUGAUGAUCAUGAUAUGCCUCCUCCUUUACCUUCUACUGGUCAGCGAAGUGGUCCUAGAUAUGAUGAUGAUUAUGCUUAUAAUCCACCUUCCAAUCCUCCUCCUUCUUAUACAAAAACAAAUCAUCGACAUCAAGAUCAAUAUGAAAUGAUGGAACGGAAAAAUAUUAAUUCUGUGCCUGAUGCAAAUGGUUUGGUUUCUAUUGAGGCAUUCUUUGCUGAGGUGGAAGAAGUCAAGGAAUUAAAUCGAUUAAUUCAUACUAAUAUAUCUGAAAUUGAAGAAAUGCAUGGUGCAGCUUUGGUCAAUAUUAGUGAAGAACAAAUGUCACAGAAUGCUCGUCGAUUAGAUACCAUGGUGAAGGAAACUGCAAAACUUAAUAAUGAAACAAAGAAUAGGAUAAAAGCUAUUGAACUUGCCAAUGCUCGUAUGCCUGCCAAUAGUGGUGAUUUACCAAUGCGAAAAACACAACAUGCCGCUUUAAAAAAGAAAUUUAUUGAAUCUAUUCAACGUUAUCAAGAUAUCGAACGAACUUAUCAACAAAAGUAUAGACAAAGAGUGGAACGACAAAUUCGUAUUGUACAACCUGAUGCAACAUCGGAUGAAAUUGAACGGGUAUUGGAUUCUGACGAAGCAUCUCAAAUCUUUACACAAUCAUUGAUGCAAGCCAAUCGAUCAGGACAAGCAAGAGCUGUAUUAAGUGAAGUACAAUCAAGACAUGAUGAUAUCAAGAAGAUCGAAAAAACAAUUCUGGAAUUACAUCAAUUGUUUAUGGACAUGCAAAUGAUGAUUGAAGAACAAGGUGAAGUAUUGGGUCAAAUCGAAGUUCAUGCUGAAACCACUGCACAUGAUUUGGAACAAGGCAAUAAGGAUAUAGCAAGAGCUAUUGUUAGUGCGAAAUCCACUCGUGCCAAAAAAUGGUGUUGUUUCUUUAUCUUUAUUAUUAUCUUAAUUGUAGUCGCUAUUUUAGUAUGGUGGUUUGCUUUUGAUCAUCCUGGUGUGAAAUAGACUAUCUCCUCCUCUACUUUUUUUUUUAUAUAUUUCCAUCUUCUUUUCCCAUUAUUUUAUUUUACCUCUCUAUUUCUAUACAUUUAUUUAUAUAUAUAUAUAUCUAACCUUGACACCCUCUCACUUAGCAUUAGUAUAUUCUCCAUGUUUUUUUAUUAGUAUUAGUAUUUCUUCCCAUAUUUUAUUUGAUAAUCAAUAAACUAUAAAAUAUUCAAAAC